ACACAAACACCGAAGGCAGUUGAUUUAAAACCGGCUCCCCCUUUGGCAAAGUGGUUGCGCCCAGUUGCUUCCAACUUGGUGGUUGCUGCUUCCGAGGUUGACUGUCCAUCCUAUGUGAACAUCAGUGCUUCGUAGUUGUACCGAUGCAGUGACAACAUUGCUGAACUAAAAUAAAAGCUGGACUAAAGGUAAAGGACAUUCAGGCCAUUGUAGUGAGUCACUGCUCCCAUCUUCAGGUGAAAUGGCUUACUCACAGAUCCGCCUGAAAAUUCUCCCCAGCGCUCGUUGUCUGUUUGAUAAACUGGUGCAGGUAAAAGUAGAGGGACUUGCUCCUCACAAACCAGUUGAACUGAGGUCGAAACUAGUUGAUGACAGAGGGGUGAUUUUCAAGGCUUCUGCCCUGUACAAAGCAGAUGAAAGUGGCCAGGUGGAUGUCUGCCGUGCACCCUCUCUUGGAGGAAGUUACACCGGAGUGGAGCCCAUGGGUUUGUUUUGGACCAUGGCACCAGAGACUCCACACAGCAAACUCAUGAAGAAGAAUGUGCUCACCCCAACACUGGUGGAGAUAGAAGCACUGAGUGGAGAUACUGGUGAACUCUUAGCCUCAGAAACGAACGAGAGAGGAUACAUGACAGAGGGGAUGAAGAGAGUACCUGUGCAAGAGGGAAGAAUACGAGGAGUCCUCUUCGUACCACCAGGAAAGGGUCCAUUCCCAGGAAUAGUGGAUCUGUACACAUUAGGUGGAGGUCUGACUGAGCCCAGAGCCAGCCUCCUGGCAAAUAAAGGUUAUGUUGUUCUGGCACUAGCCUAUUAUGGCUUCCAGGAUUUACCAAAAAACCCUAAAAAGUUGGAUUUGGAGUACUUUGAAGAGGCUGUUACAUAUCUGAGGAGACAGCCAGAGGUUAAAGGUCCUGGGAUUGGCAUCAUAUCAAUCUCUCACAGUGGCGGUUUGGCUUUGUCGAUGUCAUCUUUCCUCUCUGGGAUCUCAGCGACCGUCUGUAUUAAUGCCUGCAUUGCAAAUACUGUGAUUCCUUUACACUACAAAGACAUUGUUAUAACUCCGCUACCUCCUGUCAUGAAGAAUGUUAAAAUCACAGAUUCUGGGCUUGUAGAUAUACGCGAUGUCUUAUCAGACCCUUCUUUGGAAAAGAACAGGGCGUCAUUGCUUCCAAUUGAACGUGCCAGCUGCCAGUUCCUGUUUGCUGUUGCUGAAGAUGACCACAACUGGAACAGUGCUGUUUUUGCCAAGCAGGCUGCUGCAACGCUGAGAAAUCAUGGCAAAGAGUCUUUUCAGGUGGUAACAUAUCCUAAAGCUGGACACUUUUUGGAAGUCCCUCACAUGCCUUAUUGUCCUUCUGGGUUUCAUGCAGCAGUAGGGAGCGCUGUGGUGUUUGGUGGGGAGCCAAAAGCCCACUCUGAGGCUCAGCUGGACCUGUGGGAAAGAGUCCAGGAGUUUUUCAAGAGCCACUUGGACAACAAGAGUACUUGUUAGCAAGCAAUGCUGCAUCAAGUGUAUCAAGCAUCCCAGAAUGGACGUCCUCAGCAAUGCUUAGCCUUGCCUUUAGUUUCUUAACGAAUAAAAACAGUCAUUAGGCUCAAAGGGGUAUUAAAUAAUACUGGAUGAGUAUGUUGAAGCUUUGUUUUAAUGACUUUUCUAUAUCUGAAACAAACUCAGCAUGUCUUGGUUCCAAGUGGCUUUGUUUCACAAAACCUUUAAUGUGCCAUGAGUCACAUGACGCAGAAGUAUAUAUUUAGAUAUAAUUAUUUUUCACAGCAGAUAUUUUGACUUGUCAUAGCAGGAAAAUCACAAGUAGAGCUAAUACUGUUAAUGAUGUCUCUGCUCCAUUCAAAGGCAGUGAGCAAGCAUGCACGAUACCACGACCCUGGAACUGACGUAUCUAAAUGGAAUGCAGCCAUCAUUACUAUUAAUUACAUCUUUGCUAUUCGCUACAAUGACAUGACAAAAAUGUGUGCUGUGACAAUGACCUGGGCUCCAAAGAGAAAAUCAGAGUGAGUAACAUAAUCACUAAUAACUUUAGCUCUCUGUAUAUAACACUCCUUGCCUCUGUGUGUAUUGUAUUGGUGCUAAAAGUUUCAUUAUUUUGUUUGUGGUUGGAAAAGGGCUGGGUAAUAAUUUAAUAUUAUAUUUGAUUGAAUGGUAUAUUGUGACGAUAUUAUCAUUGUGUUAUCGUUUUACAAAAAUUCCAAGAAACAAAAUGAGUUAUCGUCUCAUCUUCAGCCUAACAGUUGAACAUUAAUAUGAUUGUUUUGCAUGUGAUUGUGCUUACAUUUGCCAUAUGAUAUAUAGAUUGUAAUUAUAAUGCCUCCUUAGUCUCCCAGGCAUAAACUCCAUGAAUGUGAAUUAUCAUUUGUGCAAAUGUUGGCAUCUAGUGGCGGCUCAGCCUUCCUACAGUUAUCUUGGAUGUUUCUUGCACAUAAUGUGAGGGAUGUUUUGUCACAUACAAUAUAAUGUGAAGCAGAUCGGGAGGAGAACUUUCAUGAUGAAAGAUUGUGAAACAAAAGCAUAUAUUUUAAAUAACAUUAAUCCGACUGUUUUAUUCCCAUGUUAAAGUUCAAAACCUUGGAAUUUUUACAUGAAAGGCUGUUGUCUGUUUCAAAGGGAAGUGAAUUUACUUUGAUGAUGUAAGAUUUCCUCUUAGGGAUUGUAUUAACAAUGUAGCCCAUCAAAGAAAGGAGUCAGCUUCUGAACUAGGAGACAAAGACGAUGACAUCUCUCCCACCACAUCCACCUUUAUGAACACAGUCUUUAUAGAAUCUGGCACGGACAUGAAAUCUUUCUAAAUCACACAAUGAAGGAAAAGACAUGUCAUUUGUUGCGCCAAUCCUCUUAGCCUAAGUAAAAUUUCAGACAUGUCUGUUUUGUACUGAUUUAACAAAUACGAAUGCUUGUCAGUGGAAAACAGGGAAUGUAUUUAGCACUACAAUAAGCAUUAUCAAACAUGUUAAUAUUUCAUAACUUCAUUUUGUUUUCAGAAGGAAUUUACUAAUUCUAGUCCUGUUCCAGAGAGGUUUAUUUUACAGUGUUUCUAUUUAAAUGUUCACAUUAAAAAAAAAAAGAACUAAGUAA